AUGGAAUACACUCGACUCGGCCAGUCUGGCCUGAAAAUAUCCCAGGUGAUCUUUGGCGCCAUGUCGCUUGGCUCCUCCGAUCACAUGCAAUGGGCGAUCCCAGAAGAUCAGGCAUUGCCAAUCCUCAAGCAUGCGUUUGACCUGGGUAUCAACACCUGGGAUACAUCCGAUGUAUACUCGUUUGGCGAAUCGGAACGUAUCAUUGGCAAAGCUCUGAAGCACUAUAACAUUGCACGUGGGCGGGUUGUGAUUCUGACAAAGUGCUAUGGCGGCGUCCCCGAACCUGCUGAUUUUGUCGGCCGGUCUGAAGAGGAGAAACUUCGUAUGUUAUCCGUCAACGAUGGCAUCAUGGUCAAUCAGGUUGGGUUAUCUCGCAAGCAUAUUUUUGAUGCAGUGGAUGCCAGUGUUGAGAGAUUAGGCACGUAUAUAGAUGUUCUGCAGAUACAUCGCCUUGACCGUAACACGCCUCGUGAGGAAAUAAUGAAAGCGCUCAAUGACGUCGUCGAGAGCGGGAAAGUGCGCUACCUCGGCGCAAGUUCGAUGCAUGCCUGGGAAUUCCAAGCUCUCAACAACAUCGCUGAUAAGCAUGGAUGGCAUAAAUUCAUCAGUAUGCAAGACUACCAUUCGCUUCUGUAUCGGGAAGAAGAACGUGAAAUGCAUGCAUACUGUCGUGACGCCGGGGUGACGCAAGAGCAGCCCACGCUCCGUCAGACGAGCGACGUGUACUCACGAUUCUUGGUCGGCGACGUGACAGAAGCAGACGUUAAGAUCAUCAACCGUGUAGAAGAAUUGGCUGAUAAAAAGCAUUGCAGCAUGGCACAGAUUGCUAUCGCAUGGUCUUUGAAAAAAGGGGUCAAUCCUAUUGUCGGCCUUGCAAGCGUCAAGAGAGUGGAUGAGGCCGCAGAGGCCGUCGCCCUGGCUUCGAAGGGCCUGUUAACUGAUGAGGACUUUAAGAGUCUGGAUAAGCUAUACGUCGCUAAACCAGAAGUCUAUAUGGUAGAGUAG